GGAGGCGGGGGGGGGCCCGGUGCCAUAGGUGUCGGCUGCUCAAGUGUCGCUGGCUGGCCGUGUGAAGAGAGAGCAGAGAACAGGAGAUCAACGGCUGAGGACGUAUCAGAUCACCUGGUGGAAAGACGCAUUCAGCUCCGUAUACCCGGACAAGACGACAGAAGGAAUCAAUGAGACGAAUGAGGAGAAACAGCGAGGCUCUCCUCCAGGAUCUCUUCUACAGGGGGGUGCACGGAGGAGACAGAGAUACUCCUAUCCCAGCUCAGCCUGGUAGAGAUGCUAAAAUGAUCCACUCCAUCGCCAGCCUGAUCAGAGCCAAGAGCAAACUCCUCGUCCUCGAGAACCCCGACACCGUGGAGAUCUACAAGCUGGAUGAUGCAACAGCCCGUCCUGGCAGAACUGGUAAAGACGGUGUUUACCUCCCAGCCAUCACAACGAAGGCAUCAAAUCUAAACUCAAUGAGAGGAUCUCUGAGUCAGUCCUGUCCUUACCUGUACGACAAGAGAAGAGGAUCCUUCUCCUCCGUUGCCUCUCAGAGAACUGGAGGUCUCCCUAAAAAAGAGAGUAACCUGAAGGCACGAAAAGAGGCAAAGAAAUCCAACGUCAGCGUGACAAUGACCUACCUCGGACAAGGUCGUCGGGGGUCAGGGUUGGGGUCGACUCAGGAUGAGCUCAAAGUACUCCAGCAAGUCAACGGAGGCGAGAAUAUCUGUGUCUUCAAAGGCGUGGUGACUCCAGGAGAGCAGUUCCAGUUCGUCUCUCAGCGACACAGAGGUUUCCCCUUCAGCGCCACCGUGUACGUCAAUGGCAUCAUGGUGGCCAGAAUCAGCUCCUGCUGCGAGUACCGCUACGCUCCAGGCUUCCAGCAGGGCAGGAAGAGCUGCUUCAGGUUGGCUUGGCUGGCUGGUGGGAUGCCCUGUUACAGAUGUACAAGUCUCCGAAACAAAUACAGCUCCUGCCAGCAGCUGAACAACGGCACAAAGGAGAACUUAAUUCUCCCUCCAGAGCGGAGCCCUGGCAACGGCACCGUCGAGUCAUGUCCAUCAUCCCCUCUGUUUAUCCCGGCCAAACCAGAGAAGAAAACAACGAGGAGGACAAGAAAGCAUGUCAAGGAAGGUGGCGGAGGAUCUACAGAUGGCGAAGACCCCGCUGUAGCUAAAGAGACCUCCAAGAAGAAGCGACGCAAGGGUCAAACUAAUCAGAAAGAGAGCAAAGGCAAGACAGCCGGACAUAAGAGGGAAGAGGGACAAGACGGCAAGCGCUCGGAGGUGUCGCAGAGGUCAACGGUGACAGAAAAAUGUGAAGACCGAGCAUCGUCUGCCAGACGAGAACAUAAGCAGCAGAAAACAACCAGCGAUGUCACAGAGCUGCAGCCGCGAUCAAACAAGACAAGCAAAGUUCUCGAUUCAUUGCAGGAUGAGGAGGCACUGACUAAGCAGAACAGAGAGAAACAGAAGGAGCUGGGAUCAAAUGGGAAAAACAGAGACGGGGAAAGACUGAAGGACUUCUAUGAAGAAUGUGUGGAAAUGAGCGCCGCGUUGGAGCAGCGCCCAAACAAACACAACUGGUUCAAGGCAAACAUCCUGGAGAGGUGCCGGCUCCAGAAGAGGCUGUCAUCGUGCCCCAAAGCUCCAGGCUCGGAUGUGGAGCGCAGCGCAGAAAGUGACACGGUCCUGCAGCCUGAUGGAGAGCCAGAGGAAGAGGAGGACACGGCCAGCCAGAGCGCUGGCAGAGAAGAGCCUGUUAAAGAACAAGACCUGCAGGCGCAGCUCGACGCCAUGAUGACGGUGCUGAGUACAUCCGACGAGGUGGAGCAGCUGGUGCUGAGGAACACGGACCUGACGGACGACCUUCUGCUGAGCCUGGCGGGGGCCCUGAAGAGCAGCCGGUCCGAGGUCACGCUGCUCAACCUCAACCUCAACCUCAUCGGCCCGUACGGCGCUCACAUCCUGCUGGACGUCCUGAGGGUGAAGCCUCAGGUCAGAGGCUUACACUUGUUUGGAAACAAACUGCGUGACCACGGCGUGCUGACCCUGCUAAAUGGCAUAGCUGAGCUGCAGGAGCAAACGGCGAGAGCUGCCGCCGCCAUCCAGCAGGCCAUGCUCCUCCCAUCGGAGCAGAACGUGCUCCUGCAGCUCCCCGCCGGGUGGAGCUCUUUCAGGGUUUUUGCUCUUCUGGAACUGGAUAUCGGGGGAAACGGCUUGAGCAGCGACGGGGUGAAAGUGUUAGCGUCAUACAUAAGGCACCACUCCCAUCUUCGGUACUUGGGGCUGGCGCAGACCAGCGGCGCCGAUCUGGCGGCGUGGAAGGAACUUUUCGACAGCCUGAAAGGAAGCAGCUCGCUGGCUCAGAUCAUCCUAGACGAGAACAACUUGGGAGACCCGGGGGUCAGGCUGCUGGCCGACAUGCUGAGAGAGAACGCCAGCGUGCGGCAGGUGGAUCUGGACAGGAACGGCGUCAGCGACGUGGGAGGAAACGACAUCAUGGGGGCACUGCUUUGUAGGACGCAGUUCCCGCUGACGCACCUGAGCCUUCAGGAGAACAACAUCAGUGCGGGACUAAUGAGUAGGAUACAGGAAGAGGUGAAAUAAAGUAAACCAUAAAAAACUACAUAAUAAACACUGAUUUGAGAAGAUUGUUUACAUUUUGAGGUAAGAGAGGGAAAAAACUGACUCAUUUGACUUGAUUGACCUUCAAACACACACACACACACACACAAAGACGUCUUCCUUCCUAUAAGUGGGUGGCCCCGCUGACAUGCUUAGUUUAGCCCAGGCAGGUAGUGUAGGAGGCUUGUUUGCUUUAGGGCUGCGCUGCGGUCUGGAUGCAUUUUCAAAGAGAUCUCAAUGAACUGAACCUUUCUUCUUUGUGGCGAGGUUUCGUCUUCACCUUCUUCCCACCAGCGUUACCUCUCCUGACUCCUACUUCGCUAAAAAACUGAUUCCUCUGUCGUUUUAUUGAAUCAUUUGCUGCCUCCUGACAAAAAAGAAACCAUGAUUCAUUCCUCCCACAGUAUUUACAGGUCAUGGAUGAUUUACCCACGACGACAACGACGACUCCCCCCCUUAGUACCUAUCAUCAGAUCCCCCUUCUCCACUUCUACAAAUCAAAAAGGGAGUUAAGGACAGCUAAGCUACGUCAACUACCCCCAUUUUGUCAUUUUUGUCUCUUCGUGUGCGAGAUAGAGCUUCUAUUCAGAAUGGAAAAAGUAGGGCAUCUGAAUUUCGAGGCCGUCAUCUCAUUGUUCUAUCAGUGCAGACAUUUUUUAGAAUAACUGUACCUGUGAUCAAAGCUUGUCAAAGUGGUAAUUAUCUUCUCCUCUCAGGGCUGCCAGUAGUGACUCUGCUGAAACCAAUCCCUCCGUAUUUCAUCUGCAGUUCUUUGCGAAUUCCUUUACUGUGGAGCCCCGAUAAAGACGCUCUCCGAAAGCCCGGGGAGGAUGACAGAUAAAUGAGACACCUGAAGAUUACAUCUGCACCAUCGUAUCAGACUGCUUCUAUUGUGGCAUUGUGGUGGCGCACGUUCAAAACCCUCCAGUUUGGGGUGUCUUAUUUUGUAAGGUCAGUCCUUUGUAUCUUUGCAGAUAAGAUUUUGUUAUCAGCACUAAAAA